AUGGCCGAGACCGCUUAUCAGGCGCAAUACGCUCCCCAGCAGCCACAGGUCGCAAUACCAACGCCAGUUCGAGAAUAUGAAAUCAUUGUCCGUCAAGGUGCAGUCCAUAGCUCUCCAAUUCUGUGGAUUAUCCUUCUAAUGCACUCUUUACUCCAGAACCAAAGCAGGCUAGGAUGUGUGGCAUCGGUGGAAAGGGUACGCUCUCUCAAUGCCGACCGUCGCCCCAUAGAUCCACCACCCAUCGUACAAUUACGGGUGUACGACCGAUAUCCAGUGGACCCUAACGACCCAAAUUCUGGUUCAGCUCCACAGCCUCACCAGUCCCUCAAUUUUCUCCAGAAUCCCUACUACUUUAUGUUUGCCUCGCUUGCGCGUGUCGAGUCCGACGACGAACUGCAUUUGCUGAAUGACGGCAAGACGCGGUAUACAACGGGCUCGGUCGUGAGCAGCCUAUACCAUCUCAAAGAUACGGAAAACGGCGGCGAGGAUGCAGGCUUUUUUGUCUUUCCCGAUCUCAGUGUCCGAACAGAAGGAAGCUACCGACUCAAGUUGGCGCUUUUCGAGGUUGUCGGAUCCCACGUUCAAUUUUGCAAAUCGGUUUAUUCCCGCGCAUUCUAUGUGUACACUGCCAAAAAGUUUCCUGGAAUGGAGGAGUCCACGCCACUCUCCAUGUCCCUGUCCGAUCAAGGAAUCAAGAUUAGAAUUCGAAAGGAUGUCAGGAAUCGCAAGAGAACGAUCGGCGACGUCUCUCGAGAAGACGAGGAGGAAAACGAUGAAGACGACGACGAAGGUGGUGACGACGGGUUCGCUGAUGAAACCCAUAAUACGAUGGCCCACGUGUCUGAAACUGGGAAAGAAAUAUCUGCCAGUGGUAGGGCUGCGCGAGGCAUGAGCAAGCGGAAGUCGGCUGCUUCGUCCAAGGCUGCUGCUGGGGGAGAAGGGCCAUCGACGGCAGGCCCGCUCGUGGAAGGGCGAACACAGGGUGGAACGAUCAUCAAUCUCAAUCAGAACAGCGCGCAGUUCCCGGCUGCUAUUGCAGCUUCGGUUUCUGGUGCACCGCUCACGCCGACAUCAUCCACACACGUAGCAACUCCGACGCGCACCGGUGCACCUGCCGAUUUUAGCCAUCUUCCCCCUCCGACGUUUCCCGGAGGCGAGCCAAUUGAUGUUCUAGAACAUCCCGCAACCAAGCUUGAUCCACGCCUGAAGCAUGCACUCCCAGCAAACACGUCGACGCCGGCUGCGGGAUCUGUUUCGAGUGGUGGAGAAGCAGGCGCAUCGCCGAUCGUGGGUAACGUCACAGCCGUUUCUGCUGGUCCCUCGGGUGCCAGUCCAAGCACGGUUCAUCAGCAGCCACCGCUCCCACAGCGAAGUCCGACUGUCACACGCCAUGCAAGAUCGUCGAGCACCAGUCAGCUUCACCAAUCGACGUCUUAUCACGCUGCUUCGACUUCUCAGGCCUCGACCUCUCAUCAGCACACAGCAAGUGGAAGUGGUCCGAUGUAUUCCACUCCUGCAUGGCAGCCUCCAAACAGUAGUCAAGGAAUGGCUCCAUAUCGGACCUCCGGAGGACCGAUGGCGCUUCCUCCUUUGCAGAUUCCGCCUGCGCAGUCGCAGCGUUCGAUGACCAUGACUCCUGUGCUGGCUCACCAGCCACCGCCAGGAGUAUAUGCGCCACAAUCUGCUGCCCAAUAUGGGGCUAGCGGUCCGGCAAGUACGAGCGGCUCACUUGCUUCCCCGCAACUAGGGUCAGCUUCUUCGAUGCAUCAUCCACCCUCUGCGAUCCCUCUUCACGCUCAUUCCAUUGGAUCCUCGAGCGCUGGAGGCCCACCAAAUACUUCUGGGCAUCAUCAGCUGAUGAUGGCUCCCAUGCAUGGCCAUCCUUAUUCCCUUCCACCUGACAAUGCACAACUGCCUCAGCAACAAUCGAGCUAUGCCAUGCAUCCUACAAUGAUGAUGCAUCCGCAGCCUCCGUCAGCGUAUGCGUCGUCCUCUCACAUUCAUGGCCAUGGUCACACACACUCGAUGGGUCGAACGCAGUCAUAUCCACAUCACGCACAUCACCUCUCUGAUCCCCAUGCCCACCCUGCCCAGCGCUCGCACUCCCAAUAUGAAUCAUAUCCUCCCACGGCGAGCGCGACGACGAACAAUGGCGCCGAGUAUGCGGAGACGAGCCCAGGAAUCAUGUCGCUUACACCCGUAUCACCCACACGACCUCAUCCAUCGUCCGGCUCGAUUGCUGGAUCUAUGCCCGUCGGCCAUGGAACGCCUAUCUCGACGCAUCCGCAUGCACUCCCAGCGCUUGACCCCUAUGGUCAGUACCAGCAUGGACACGCGCAACCACAAGGCUAUCCUGAACACUAUGCCGAAAGAGGGCAUAGUGAGACUUGGGGUCGACCGCUCGACGAGGAUUAA